AUGUAUAUUCAGACUCAAGAUGACCGCGCAGCACGCAGCGAGGAGGCAGAGCAACUUUGGAACGAACUGCAAUGCGAAAAGUAUGAGCAGGAUGCGCUAGAAACAAUCACAGCGCUAGACACGCAGCUUAUGAUGGACGAAGUCAUAGAAACUUCGCUUCGCUCGCAGUUAACAGAUAAUGUCACCAACGCAGCCGCCGCUUUAACGCUAUCCGCUUCGCCGCUACGCAAUGCUUCAUUUGGCAAUCAGUCGUUGCAUGCAGGCAGGGAUCAAUAUCCGCAUCAAUCGUCAUCGCAGUUUUCCUUUACGCCAUACACGCAGCCUAUCCAGCUUCGCAAGUUGGAACUGCCAGUAUUCGAUGGAGAUAUCGCGCAAUUCCAUGACUUUUGGUGUCGCUUUGAACCGCCAUCCACGACAAUGACCAUCUGCCGCUUGCAAGCAAGUUCAUCUACCUUAACUACUAACGCCCUUAAAGGCAGCGCCGCGCUUAUCGUUCAAGGCUUCGAUCCAUCUAAGCCAGAAAAUUACCAUCUUGCGAUUCAAGCGCUCAAAAAACGAUACGAUCGUCCGCAAUUUACGCAUAACCUCUUUCAUCAUAGGUUAGAACAGUUACCAACAUCAUCUGUUUCAGCCUCGUCGCAGAGAGAUACGCUUUCACAGAUUCAGUCAUACGUGUUACAGCUCAAUAGGUUCGAGGAUACUACCACUUCGCUAUCUCUCAUGAAACUCAUCAAGAGCAAGUUCCCUAGAGAUACGCAGUUAGAAGUCAACAGGCUCGAACACCGUUCUGGUAAGAAGUGGACGCUUCCCGAUCUCUUGGACGGCCUCAACGAGGUCAUCGAAGAGUUCGAGAAACUCGACGAUUACUCUAUUGGUAAAUCUACAAUCAUCAAGAUUUCCACGAUUAACCCGAGUCACCUACGCCAGAACCCCACAUAUGACCCUAACCGCUUGUUGCUUCUGUGGUUCACCUCAACCAUAAGUCCGUUCGCUGUCAUCACCGUAUGUCCGUAUCGAAUCGUCGCCUCAUUGCAAGAACUCACAACUUAUGUUGGAAGUGUCUACAUCAAGGUAACGCUAGUACCCAUUGUGGAUAUUCGAAAUGCAGUCGCUGUUUGGGAAACCACCAUCGCAUUCUUUGCAACAAACGAGAUACUUCAUCGUCGAAUAGAACGCAUCGAACACGCGAUCGACGCCGUACUCCGUCAUCAGAUUCUUCUCGUAGCUACCGUCAGUCCAGAACACCGUCGAACGAGCAACGUCGUUUUCCAUCUCGAUCACCGUCUCGACACUAUUCAGACCGUAGGAUCUCACCAUCGACACGAAGAUCACGUCGACCUUGAAGAUCCAGUCGAUCAGACAAUCAUUAUCUCGCCAUCUCGCAAUAUUGCAGCAAGGACAUCCACUCCCUCACGAGGACAAGUUACAUCAGUCCACUCCGUCGCACAUUCCGACGACGAUACCGAACCAGCCGAACGAUACGAGCAUCUUACGCUUUCUGUUGCAUCAGAUACAACGCUCACAUGUGCCAUCAUGACAGUAGAAGCAUCCCUUGUCAAUCCUGUUACGCGUAUUCGAGAAUCUGUUACCCUCUUUUUGGACACAGGCUCACAGACCAGCUUUAUUACGCGAGCCACUGUGCAGAAAUUCCAUCUCGCAGUCCAGGAACAAAGAAUGCUUACCACAGUCACGUUCAAAGCUAUCAGGAACACGGAGCGCUCGGAGAAAGUCUUUGUCCCGCUUACGGAUGUGAACAAGAACUCACUCAUGCUCACACUUAACACCACGGACAACAUUACUACUCCGACUACACCGAUCCAGUUGUCACAGAAAGACAUAGAUACGCUUCGCUCAUUGAACAUUCCGCUGGACCGUAUCACAGAGGCACGUUCCAUCCUAGACUACCUCCAAUCACUCGGUAUCCGUGCACCUCUUUAUUACGUGCAGUCGGAAAAUAAUCCAGAGGAUUGUGCCUCUCGAGGUCCAUCAUUUCUUCGUACACCGCAAUCACAAUGGCCACAAGCAAACAACAUCGACUUGUCUCAGGAACAUCAACAGGACGCUCAACAGGAGUAUCAAACACUCGUCACACAGGCUCCAUCUAGUUACACAUCACCUAUUCGCUUUAAUGCCUUUAGUCGCUAUAUCAAGCUUGUUCGCUCUACCGCCUAUUCUACUCCGCUUACUCACACUUCCGUGUCAGAAUUCGCCGCUGCCGAAGUGUUGACUCAUGAAGGAACACUACCGCGAAAGCGAGUAAGUUCUCAGUCGACUACCGCUUCAUCGCUUCAACGCUCAUCGCUCUUCUACAGGACUUAUCCACUGUGCUAA